UAUUUUCGGGUUUUGUAGUUUACUGCCUCUUCACUCCUCCACCUCACAAGUGAAGAAGUAGCAGAGAAAACUGUAAAGAUUAAAGCUUUACUCUCAUUUGCAGGACCUAGAGUUUUUACGAGACAUGCUUAAUGGUCGAAAAUUCGAGCCAGCAUUGAGGAAAGAGCGAAACUGAAGUUCAUGGCAUGCCAAGUCGGAGCAAAGAUGUUGCUGCAGUCGCGUUUAUGUGUAAUAGAGAGUGAAGUCUUUGAAAGAUCAAAUAUAUCUCUUACAAUUUGUGCUAUGCAGAAGUGGAGCACUGAGUUGAAUUAUAGUGGACAGUUAUCGAAGAAUGGCGUAAAGUCUGCCUCUUUUCUUAACAAGAGCAGAUUUCGGUUGCGACAAUAUGAUUGGAGAAUACCCUUUGCAUUGGACACAGGGGGGUUAUCUGGAAAUGGCGGGGAACAGAAUGGUAACCGUGACGAGUCUGGUCUAGGUAGCACUCGGUUGGGAAGGAUAGUGAGUGCAGGCGGCAGGCAGCUACUGCAGAAGCUGAAUUCGGCGAGAAAGAACUUCCCGAUGAAAGUAUUUCUCAUUCUGUUGGGAUUUUACACUGCAAAUGCGUUGGCUACAAUUCUUGGGCAGACAGGUGACUGGGAUGUAUUAGUUGCAGGAGUUGUGGUUGCUGCCAUUGAAGGCAUCGGCAUGCUUAUGUACAAAAAGCCGAUUGGGAGGUUGCAGUCUUUCGUGGUAAUGAUUAACUAUUGGAAAGCCGGUGUGUGCUUAGGUCUUUUUGUGGAUGCUUUUAAGUUAGGCAGUUGAGCUCUUUUUCUCAUCAAGUACUUCAUGUUUCACUUUUUUUGGUUGUAUUUGCAUUGACUCUAUCAA